UACACCGAAACACACACAGAGCUCUCUGCUUUUCAGUGAAUCUGGUUCGAGUGCUUAAGCGCCGUCAUGCAGACUUUUUAAACACAUUGAACUUCACGAGUAUUAGAUCUGAAAUAUAGACGACACAGUUGAAAUCAUGACAGUGCGGUAUUUACGUCGCUCCUCAUCAUCCAGGUGUUCAGUACAAUAGCACUAGCCCUGAAACGCAGCAGGCCGCAAUGUGGGUACUGGACUUGGGGAAGCGGUUUGAGAAUGCGUUUAACGAAAAAGUAGAUAAAGCACUGUCCAGCUAAAGCAGUCCCUAAGUUUAAAAGCAAACCAUGUUGAGCAGACUGCAAGAGCUGAAGAAGGAAGAGGAGACCCUGCUGAAGGUCAAGGCUUUGUUGCUGGACCAGCUCAACAGACUGAAGGUGGAGGAGCUGGCUCUGCAGUCCAUGAUAAGCACAGAGAGGGAGGACAGCGAUGCUUCCAGCCCAGCCCAGCCUGACCUUGCAGAGAUUGCCAUGCAGGUAGACGAUGAAAGCAAAAUCAAUCAGACUGAACUUCAGCUAAACGCCUUUGCUGUGGAACAAGGCCUGGAGGAGGAGCAGGAGGAAGAGGAGGAGGAGGAAGAGGACAACUGAACUCCAGAAGCGAUUACCAGGGGCAUAUCUAAUAGACUUGUGCCCCUUAAUGUCAGUAUUGGCACAGCAUCAGGUCUUGUUUCUUUCUGUACCAAAUAAUGUGCUGUGUAUCUCUGCUAAAGAAAAUGUUGUUCAUUUUCUAAGUGCCAGUGUAGGGCACGCACCUUACACAGAGAGGUGAGACAGCGCGCGCUUCUUACAAAGUGCAUUGGUAUUGCUUGCAGUCUGAUUCAGGGGUGCCAUAUACAUGACUCAGGUCUGCAGUUUGGAUUGUGCUUUGAUUUUAGAUGUCAGUAAGGUGAAGAGCAGAUAUAUCUGGCAUCUCUUCUGUCUCCCACACCUUCUUCGUCCUUUAGUUCCUUUUCUCAUUAUGUCAAGACUAACUGAUUUUGAAGUAUUUUACUGAAGAAACGUGUCUCUUUCUUAUGCUGCAGAGCUGUUUAUGAAGCUUAACAAUCCUUAAAAAGCUCGUUUUUAUUUAUUUAUGUUGCAGUUUUUGAUAUAACUGCACUGUCUCAUUCAUGAAGAGAAAACAAUGCAACUGUUGAUCCUGAAUGCUAGUUUUCUAAUUUUGAGAAAGAUUAAAAAUAUUAAAAGUACUGCCAUAUUAUUCCAACGUGUAAACAUUUCUAACAUGUUGUUUUUUUUCCCCCAAUCCUCUCGUUACUCCCUGGAGAAUGUUUUAUAGUAAUAACUCAACAGAUAUAUUAUGCUUGGCCUUGUAAGGGUGGAAAUAAGACUCCUGUUGCGCAGCAGUUUGAGCCAUUCCAGGUUUUACAAGAUGAGCCUCAAGUCGUCACACCUUAGCUCUUUUGACCCCACUGGCACAGCCGUGUGGACCCCCCCCCCCCCCCACCUCCCCAGUAAAACCUGCAGUGCCGUGGUGGUUCUGUUUCUGUCCAUGUGAAGUGAAGCUGCGUGUAACCCUGUGUUGAACAGUUCAGGCUGCACUCGAGUUCUCUUCACCCAGGAAUCUGCACAGGCACAUUGCGUCUUUACACUGCUCUGUACACAUGCUCUUUAGUCAGGACCCGGUACAGAGUUUCCUUCAUUCGCAUUUUAAACGCAACAGCGUAAACAACAGUGUUAUCCUUACCUUAGAAGGAUCUUUUUUGGUUGAAUCUACUGUAUAGGUUAGCAAUUUAGAGCUUUUUGUUUUUGUGAAAUAGUCAAGAUCACUGAGGAAUCGCACUCCAGCAAGCACAUACAGGUACUGUGUCCACUAUAGAAAAUUGUUUGAGGUACAGCUGAAUUUUUGAAAAGUGGGUAUUUGAUUAAUAAUAAUAAUAAUAAUAAUAAUAAUAAUAAUAAUAAUAAUAAUAAUAAAGUGCUUUGUUUAAGUCUCUUUUUUCUCUUCUUUUUGUUCAACUUGUUUUAUUGAACUUGCCAUGCUGUAUGGAUGUUUUGAAUUGUGGUUGACAGAAUCUCCUAAUGUUCUGUGUUUAAAUAAAGAUGUUUAUAAUACAA